AUGUGGUGGUUCCAGCAGGGUAUGUGUAUUCUACCGGUGGCUCUGGUGUUAUGGACGGCAGCCACGUUCAUCUUUGCUUACAUCACUGCUGUGCUGCUGAGACAUGUGGACCCACUGGUACCAUACAUUAGGUCAGACACAGGCUCAAACAUCAUCCUCCUUGUCUUUUUACCAUUAUACCUGCAAUCACUUCCCUUUAUAAGUAGUAGGCACAAUUUACAUGUAUUACAAUUGUACAUUACAUUGUGAGAGGAGAUUACAUUUUUGCUGGUCAUGUUUCUGUUCACAGUGACACAGGGACGGUUGCCCCAGAGAGAUGUGUGUUUGGAAUCAUGCUGGAUGUCUCAGCAUUCUUAGGUAACACCAUCGUUACCUCUCUGAUUCCUCUUUGGAAUCUAGCAGUUAAUUGGAAAUGUGUGACUAUGUUUUGAUUUGUGAUCAUGUUUGUCGUGGCAGGCAUAGCCACCAUGUACAUACGCUACAAGCAGGUCCAAGCCUUGACGAUCGAAGAGGAGUCGAAGCUCCAUAAACUCAACAUCUUGGGUUUGGUGCUGGGAUGGACCAGCUCCUUUGGCAUGUGCAUUGUCGCUAACUUUCAGGUACCCAUUGACACGUGUGUGUGAUGAGUCUUGUUCCUGUUUGUUUUGAUGACAAUGUAUGUAAAUGUGAUACUAUAAAAUCAAUCUAUCUCUCCUCUCUCUCUCUAACCAAAACUAGAAAACGACUCUGUUCUCCAUGCACCUGGUGGGGGCGAUAUUAACGUUUGGCGUGGGGGCACUGUACAUCCUUGUGCAGACCUUGGUGUCUCUGUACAUGCAGCCUCAUGUCCACGGGAAGAGCAUCUUCUGGGUCCGACUCAGCAUCGGAGUCUGGACCUUUGCCAGCAUCAUCAGCAGUAUCCUCCACUAUAUUUCUGCAACAAGAAAAUAUGAAAUCAUGAUUAAUGGUUGCUAAUAAGAGAAUGUUGUUGCUAUAAGACAAUGCCAUUCAAUUACAGUGAAUGGAAGCUGUGAACUUGUGCAACAAAUUGCAAGGACCUCUGACAGCUUGUUCAAGACCCAAACUUUCUGAAAUAUUGCAAGAGUUGCCCUAUGGAACACAGCUCUAGCCCCUGCCUGUUGUACUCCUUGACCCCCUCACCUCUCAGUGUUUGUGUCAUCUGUCAUCAUGUACAGCAGUCUGCCUGGAGUGGACGUGGCCCAUAAACUGCACUGGAUACCUGGAGAGACGGUUAGUAACCUUAGUGAUAAUUUGUGCGUGUGUGCGUGUGUACACUAACAGCUCUGUCUGUUGCAGGGCUACAUCCCUCACAUCAUCAGCACCAUCUCUGAGUGGUCUCUGGCUCUCUCCUUCAUCAGUUUCUUCCUCACUUACAUCCGAGACUUCCAG